AUGCUGCAAAAUGGAAAAGGAAAGGAACAAGCUCCCCAACCGCCAAGUGCUGCCGAGGCAGAGUCGGACUCCCCGGCUCCCCGGCCCCGGGACAAACAGCAGCAGCAGCAGCCGGCAGAGCCCCCAGCCGCCGACCAGAAGGACGCCGAGUCCACACACUUCCCCAUGCCCGCUUAUCCCAAAUUGGACAUAAAACGAAACGCAGUAACGGACGAUUAUAGGGUCUCCAGCCAGGUUCUGGGCUUGGGGAUCAACGGCAAAGUCCUGGAGUGUUUUAAUAAGAAAACUGGAGAGAAGUGCGCGCUGAAGAUUCUCUAUGAUAGUCCCAAAGCAAGACGAGAGGUGGAGCUUCACUGGCGGGUGUCAGGAGGGCCGUACAUCGUUCGCAUCCUGAGCCUGUAUGAGAACAUGUAUCAUGGGAAGAAGUGUCUGCUCAUCAUCAUGGAGUGCAUGGAGGGAGGAGAGCUGUUCAGCAGAAUCCAGGUGAGAGGAGACCAGGCGUUCACUGAAAAAGAGGCAUCUGAGAUUAUGAAGGACAUCGGCACGGCCAUCGAGUUUCUCCACAACAUUAACAUUGCACACAGAGACAUCAAGCCAGAGAACCUGUUGUACACAUGCAAAGAGAGAAAUGCAAUCCUCAAACUGACAGACUUUGGCUUUGCAAAAGAGACCACACUGCACAAUCCCUUGCAGACCCCUUGUUAUACCCCGUACUAUGUGGCUCCUGAGGUUCUGGGUCCAGAGAAGUAUGACAAGUCAUGUGACAUGUGGUCUCUGGGCGUCAUCAUGUACAUCCUAUUGUGCGGCUUCCCUCCAUUUUACUCGAACACAGGCCAAGCCAUUUCUCCUGGGAUGAAGAGGAGGAUUAGGAUGGGCCAGUAUGAAUUCCCUAAGCCCGAGUGGUCGGAGGUGUCACAGGAAGCAAAAGAUUUGAUCCACCAGCUACUGAAGACAGACCCAAACGAGAGAAUGACCAUCACUCAGUUUAUGAACCACCCCUGGAUCAAUCAGUCCAUGAUGGUUCCUUCCACGCCGCUGCACACCACACGGGUCCUGACAGAAGACAGAGAGAUGUGGGAGGAUGUGAAGGAAGAGAUGACCAGCGCUUUGGCGACCAUGCGUGUGGACUAUGACCAGGUGAAAAUCAAAGAUCUUGACACCUCCAGCAACCCUCUGCUCAACAAAAGGCGCAAGAAGGCCGCUGCAGGGGCCAAGGGUGGAUCCACCGUUUGCCAAAGUCAGUGAAAAUAACAACUUCGGUGGAAGAUUCAAGAGCUGCUUUAGACUUCUGAGAGACUCGACUUCAAGCAAGUGUGCUCUGAAAUAAGAGACAAUAAGAACACUGGCGUUAAAGCUGGAUAUUUUUGGGACAUGGAGACAUGAUAUCAUAUUUGUUUUCACCGCAGGGCUCUCUGUUUUUGAUUAUUUUAUGUACUAAUGUAAAUUUGGGGUCUGCCUGUUUGUAAGAGAACCUGUGUGUAGAAAUGAGGUAUUUGUAGUGGUAUGUGUUGCGUAUUUGAAUGCUGGAUUACCUGUUUUAUGGUGUAACUAUGCAGAUGUGUGCAGAUGGCACACAGAGAAACCAACUGUGGACAUAAUGUGAAACUAAAAUGCUCAUUAUUGUCUGUGUUGUCUUAAUAUGAUCUUUAUUUUGUUGCCUUUGUUUUAGGA